GCUGUGAGUGUGAUUGGUCAGAAGGUGUUGAUUAAUUGGCGAUAUAAUCAGAUGAUAUCGUUUCUAUAGCAACGGAUUAUAUGAUAUCGCUAUAAUCUAAUACCUAAUAACAUUUUUUUUAAUUGCUUUGUUUUCAAAUAUGAUGUUGAUGGGAUUCAUCUAAUGUCUCCGGUGUCAGUGCUUUUAUUUUUCUGCUUUAUUACGUCAUUACGUUUUCCCUACAGGAAAGUCUUCAGGAUUAAAGACUUUGCUGAUUAUUGUGACAUACUUAACUUUGCAAUGUCAAUAACUUGACAUUAUGUAAACUCUGGAGCCCUGCAGUUGUGUGUGUGUGUGUGUGUGAGAGAGAGAGAGAGAGAGAGAGAGAGAUAAUAUAGUUUACUAACAGUUUCUGUAAUUAUUAUUGUUAUAGGCUGUAAGUCUUAACCUAAAGCUCAAAAGUGCUUUAUUUAUUUAUUUAUUUAUUUUUUAAAAAGCCAUGAAAAACUCAUUAUUCAAGACUUGAAAUCUCUAAAUCUCAACUUUUUAGUUGAUUAGUUUGUUUUUGUGUAUGAUGAAAUACAGUAGGCAAGGUUUGAGAAUUUCUUUACUUCUGGAAAACACUGCUGUUCUUAUGUGUUGGUGUUGAGCUGUCAUUAUUUAUCCCAGUUUUGGCACCGACAGUGCUGUAAGUUACAAUAAUAUUUGUGUGUACAUAAAGUGUAGAGAUCCUGUGCUGUUCUAGCUUACAUUUGGUUUUGAGCUGUUGUAAGUUUGACGUUAACAUUAAAAUAAAAUAAUCAUAAAAAUUAAUAUGCAAGGUGUGAAUGUGUAAGUGCGGUAUACGUUUUGCAAAUAUUGGCUUUAACCUCGUAAUAGUUUUACUUAUUGUACAAAGUGUUCUGUUCUCUUCUUUCCUCCCACUUUAGUAAAGUCAGCGCUGUGUCUGUUGAGUCACUGCUGAAGGCUUUUUGCCAACGCUGUUAACAUGCAACUUUUCACAUUUGCUGACUGUGUCUUCUGUUUUUAAUCAAGUAAAAAAAAAAAACACCAGCAAAUCUGUACACACGGGUCAUUAGUUUAAGUUCCAGUCCAGUUGAAAUUUCCUCCAGUAAGAACGUUAGUCUUUUUUAAACACUGCUGUCCCUAGAUCACUUACUCUUACAGGGUUAGGUGGAAUUAGCGACUUAAGAUCAUCGCAGGAUCAUCAGGCAUUCGAGCAAGCAGUAAAUGAAGACGGAUUGAGAUCCACCACCUUUUAGUUCCGUCAUGAUCAGCAGUGUUUUACCUUGAAGAGGGUGACGGCGCAGACCAAAUAACUUCUGGCACUUUUUCCGUGCUGACUUGAACCCGUUUCUGCCUGGUUUUAUCACCGGAGUGAGAAAAUCUUUACGAGGCAAUGAGCUUUUAACAAACCAUCUUUACAAGCCUUUAGAAAUAAGGCUUGUUAGCAGAUUCUGACCUGACAGUCUUUUAUUUUAAAUGGCGUUUUAGAAAGCCUGUGUAGAUGUAGUGUAGUCCCAGUCCAACAGGAGCUAAAAUGUGCCCCAUGUUUGCCCCGUGCUAAGCUGACUCCCAUUCUUCUGCAACUGCCAUUUCUGUUACUCCUGCUCUCAAAGGUUCUGCUGUUGCUUCCAAUAUUGUCUUUGCAACACCUCAAGUCACAAAUCCAGAUUCCUUAAUAUUGAGAUCAUUUAUAGUUUUUUUUCCUGGUUAAUGGGCCUCAUGUAACAGGAUGGUGUUUAUAUUUAGCAGGAGGAUGUAAGCAUAUCACAGGCUUUCGAAUAAAGGCGUGUCUUGUUUCUAGAAACUCCAGAAUGGAUUAUAAAUUGCGUGUUGACAUGGAGGUGAUUCACAGACUGAAGUUUUUCCCUGAUAGUGUGUAUAGCACGCCGUAAAAAGGACAUUUCUACUUAAGUAAGGCUGAGAAAACAGUGCGCUAUAAAGUGUUUUCCUAAUGUUGUUUGCACCUUUCCCAAAACAAAGAUAACUUGGCCAGGACUUUGUAAAAUCUGAUCCUUGGUUGCUCUGCACGUGUCUCGCACUGGCGAGCGAGGAUGAAGGCGCCGGGCCGCGGGCGCAGCUGAGCAUGUACGCGGCUUCAGGGAUGACGGAGUGCAAGGCUGAGGUGACGCCAUCAACCCGCAAUGGCCACCGCGUGUUCAGCUACACGCUCGAGAGUCACACAGCUGCAGCCUUCGUCAUCAUGAAUGAGCUGCGGCUUGAGAGGCAACUCUGUGAUGUCACGCUGCGAGUAAAAUACAACGACCUGGAGGCAGUGGACUUUGUGGCACAUAAGGUGGUGCUGGCAUCCUCCUCACCCGUCUUUCGUGCCAUGUUCACCAACGGCCUGAAGGAGUGCGGAAUGGAGGUGGUGCCCAUCGAGGGGAUCCACCCGCGGGUAAUGGGCCGCCUGAUAGAGUUCGCCUACACAGCAAGUAUCUCGGUCGGAGAGAAGUGUGUUAUCCAUGUGAUGAAUGGAGCCGUGAUGUAUCAGAUCGACAGCGUGGUGAAGGCCUGCUGUGAUUUCCUGGUGCAACAGCUGGACCCGAGCAACGCCAUCGGCAUCGCUAACUUCGCAGAGCAGAUUGGCUGCACAGAGCUGCACCAGAAAGCCCGCGAGUACAUCUACAUGAACUUCAGUCAGGUUGCGACACAGGAGGAGUUCUUUAAUCUCUCUCCCUGUCAGCUGGUAACACUGAUCAGCCGUGAUGAGCUGAACGUACGCUGCGAGUCCGAGGUAUACCACGCAUGCGUGGCGUGGGUGCAGUAUGAGCGUGACGAGCGGAGGCCCUUUGUGCAGGCGCUGCUGCAGGCUGUGAGAUGCCACUCUCUUCCACCACACUUCCUUCAGCGCCAACUCGAGCACUUUGAGUGGGAUGCACAGAGCAAGGACUAUCUAGCACAGAUCUUUCAGGACCUCACACUGCACAAGCCUACCAAGGCAGCAGCAUGUCGCACACCUAAGGUACCGCAGCUUAUAUACACAGCGGGUGGCUAUUUUCGCCAGUCGCUCUGCUUCCUCGAGGCGUUUAACCCAGCCACUUGCAUCUGGCUGCGUCUGGCGGAUCUACAAGUGCCCCGCAGUGGCCUGGCAGCGUGCGUGAUCAGCGGGCUCUUUUAUGCUGUUGGAGGGAGGAACAAUGCACCUGAUGGGAACAUGGACUCCAACACGCUGGACUGCUACAACCCUAUGAACAACUGCUGGCUCCCAUGUGCCCCGAUGAGUGUACCCCGGAACAGAAUUGGCGUCGGGGUCAUCGAUGGAAUGAUCUAUGCAGUUGGAGGCUCACAUGGAUGCAUCCAUCAUAACAGUGUAGAGAGGUAUGACCCAGAAAGGGACUUAUGGCAACUGGUGGCCCCCAUGCUGACCCGGCGAAUAGGGGUGGGCGUGGCUGUCAUUAACCGCCUCCUCUACGCGGUGGGUGGGUUUGAUGGAACGCAUCGUCUAAGUUCAGUGGAAUGUUACAACCCUGAGAAAGACGAAUGGAGGAGCACCGCACCCAUGAACACUGUCCGCAGCGGAGCAGGUGUGUGCACGUUGAAUAGCCACAUCUAUGUAAUGGGCGGCUAUGACGGCACCAAUCAGCUGAACACUGUGGAGCGCUACGACGUGGAGACGGACAGCUGGACCUUCAUCUCGUCAAUGAGACACCGGCGCAGCGCGCUGGGAGUCACCAACCUCCAUGGACGCAUCUACGCACUCGGAGGAUAUGAUGGAAACACCUUUUUGGACAGUGUGGAGUGCUACGACCCUGAAACCGACACGUGGACCGAGGUCACGAGGAUGACCUCCGGGAGGAGCGGGGUCGGUGUCGCGGUUACCAUGGAGCCGUGCCAAAAAGAUUGCCAGAAAGACUGUCCGAAAGAUUGUCUGAAAGAGUGUCAGAAAUUCUAGUGCCUCUUAUAUUUUCCUGCUCUUUUUCCUUUCACAUUUCUAUUCCUUACUCUUUCAGCCAGGAUGAUCAGUGAUUACAAUUCUGGUGCUUCAGCAUCAUUUAACAGUCUUCUAUAAAUGAGAGCAAACGGGUCUCUGGACAUCUACAGGGUUCACAAAAAGCGUGACAGAGAGAUAGAAAUAGACCUUAAGAUGCUUCCAGAAAGGACUGGUUACUUUUAUUUUUGUUGUUGUUGCUGGAUUUUUAGCCAGACUACAGGCAUCGGGAUCAUUAAUGUGCAUCAGCGCUUGUGUCUCCUGUUUGUAUUACUGACCAGCCUUGUCUAUCUAAACCAAACUGACUAAAAUCUGAACAUUUCUCCAGAAACAGAAGUUGCAGCUCAGUAAUGUGGACCAUGGAUGUCAAAAUCUUAAAGUGCCAUUAUUGUAUCUCGAAACACGUUUCAGUAUCCGCUGUCUGUGUUGCUAAACCUGGCUUUAUAUAAGCGACAGGACGGGCACACGGACCCAGUGAGGCAGCGAACUGCAACUGUGGGUCGGUUUAGAGCAGCGGUGUCCAAUUUUAUCCACAAAGGGGGGGUUCCACAGUAUCCACAGGUUUUCACUCCAACCAAGCUGAAGCCACAUGAAAACCCGCACCCACACCGGCCCUUUCCGGAUAAGAUCGGACACCGCUGGUUUAGAGAAAAGUCAAAUUUACACAAUCUUCCAUUUACUCUAAAUCUAUUUGAUCGGCCAAAAACGUGUUUCAUGUUUCCUGUCGUUUGCUUCAUUGGUUUUGCACCAGAGUUUAAUGUUGCUAAGAAGUAAGAGAAGUAUCUCAAAUAAAUCUGAUUUUGUGGAUACUAUUCUUUACAAAUACACCCAGACUUUAAUCUAGAGCUUUUGCAAUUUUGGGACCAAAAUUUUGUGGAGCCCAAAAUAAUAAGAGCGCAUCGGUUUUACUCUCACGAAUUCGCUCAAAUGUUCAGGAAAUGUCCUACAUUCGAUGAGCAAAAUAUUUGGUCUCAUUUUAGUAUGACCUGCUUGAUGAGAUAAAAUGAUGGGAAAACAAAAAUUCCAUUUUAUUUUGGAAGACAAACCUGAGAUCAGGAUUCAGAACUGGCAAAAAAUAAAAAUGGUUGGAGUGUUUGGAGAGACAUUUAAAAACAACAACAAAAAAAAAUACAUACUGUGACUACUUCUGCUUGGAGGUUAUUUGGACGAUGAUUUUGCAAACUUAUUUGCUUCAAACUGACAUCACAUAUCUUCUAUCUUACAUUUGAAGGAGAUAUUUUUUUUUUAAAUCUGUUGUGUGGUGUGACAGACUACCUUCCUUUGUGAGUUUCGUAAUUCCAGUACAAAACAUGAUUCAGACAUCAAACAUGUUUCAGCUGAUCGAGUACAUUUUGGGAAAUUUUUUUAAAAGGCCAUUUUCUGGUUCCAUUCAUUAUGUAAUUAUAAAGACAAACAGAUUCAGGCAUACUGAAGCAGGGGACACACUGAUUCAACUCACAAGGUAAUUAUACAUGUUUAUUGUAGACUUCAAUUCAUUUUUUUUAUUAGCCAAUUGCUCAUUUCAUGAACUUGUUCACUCAGGGUGUUUAUUUGGGUGCGAUACGCCACCUUUGUGAUUAACUAGUGAGUUGAAUACACAAGGUGUUAAUGCUGGGAACCACGGAUGCAUAACCCUGGUUUUUGUAUAACUUGAUUCAAUUUAGUGCUUUUAUUUCUGCUGAAGUCACUUUGUUAAUUUGUAAACCCCUUCAUGAGUGUGUUUUGUUGUUUUUUUUCCAGAUAGCCUGUGUUUGUCUAUAUAGCGUCUCAUUUUAAAAGUGUUUCAGGGUCCAGCUUAGCCCUGAGAAAAACAGUAUCUAAAAUCCAAAAGCACAAAUGAAAGAAGCCUGAUAUCUGAGAUGAAGGAUUUGGAAAGUACUGGAAAAGAAUGUGGGUCCUGAUGUCAUUCAAUGGUGGAUGCAGAAUUAACUGGGGGGGAAAGAAAAAAAAAAGUAGAUUCCUUGCCACUUGAUGCCAACGCCACUGUCAGAACAGACGUCUUAUGAGAGCAGACAGAAAAAUCAGAUUAUUAUGUAUUUGUUACAGUAUUUUAGUCUACAUUUUCCAAGGUUUUAGAAACUUCUUGGAGUUUUGUACAGGGUCUGGAUUUCUCUUUUAUUUAUUUUGAAUUAAAUGUUUUUCCCCCCUCUUCAUGCUUGAUCCUUAAGUUCUACUUUGGAAUAAAAGGACCGAUCCCCUUUUGUAUUCGUUGCAUACUGAGCAUGAGCCGUAUUUCGAGACGUGACGGCGACUCGUGACUUCUCUUUUUUCUAAGUCUUGUCUGUUUAAAAAAAAAAAAAAAAAAAAAAAAAAAAGGAAGUAGUUUUUGCUUUAACUGUUUAUUACUAACAUUGAGAGAUAAUUUAAAGACUGCUUUGUACAUUUUACAGCAAUCGAUGUAUUGUAAAACACCUUGUGUAUUAAAGAUCUGUUUAUUGUA